AUGGAUAAUAAUCACAUACCCAGAGGUGGAUCAUCAGAUGUAUUUUAUCCUGGAUUGGGAAAUUUAAUAAAUGACCAAUAUACUAUACCACAUGCAACAGCUCCUCCAUGUAGUGAAUUUUCAUAUAAUUCAACAAGUGAAUUUGGUGAUAGAAAAGUUUCUGAUGAAGAAACAGAAAAAAAAUGGCCUAUAAUUUCAGAUGAAGAGAAAAGAAAAGAAUUUAAUGAUUUCGUUGCUGGUUUACGUGAUCAGAUUAAUGCAUUUAUUAAUCGUUUAAUGACUGCAAAAAAUAGAAAUCGUUCAGUUACUGCUGAUCCUACAAUACAAAAAUUAUUUUUACAAAUUUCUGAAUCCCUUACUGAACUAUUAAACAGAAAAGAUAAAUUAGAAGCUGACAGAGAAUAUUACGAGGAUCAUCAAGAUAAAAUUUCACUUAUUUAUGAAGCUAGACAAGCUAUUAAUUCACUUAGAGAUGAACAUAGACGUGAAGAAGCUGCUAAAAGGCAAGUUGAACAUAUGCGAAGACAACAACGUAUGACUUCUAAGUUGGUUGAGUUACGUAAACAAAAGGAAUCAUUUGUUCACCAACAUAGACAAGCUGCUUUACAACGUUUCCAAGAAACUUCAGGUAGUAAUAGAAAUAGUUUUCAUCAACAACAACAACCUGGAUUGUAUCAACAACAACCACCAUAUCCUCAAAUGGGACCUAUUCCAGGACAGCAAGUACCUUAUAAUGUUGUUCCUUCUCAACAACAACCUUUAGGACAAAAACCACAACAACACUAUCCUCAAGUUCAAUCUAAUGAAGGAAUACCAAACUAUGGUCAACAAAAUUUUCAACAACCUCAACAUGGGGGUCAAAUUCCAUAUUAUAAUAGUCAAUAUUCUCAAUACGGUAACAUGCCUCAACAACUAUAUAAUCAUCAUCAACAAAUGCCAACUCAAUACAAUCAGUAUGGCACUCAACAAUCAAAUGGAUCUCAAAUGCAAGUUCCAUACAACAAUCCUUCAAUAACGACUCAACAACAACAACAACCAUAUGUUCCACAUCAACAACAACAUCCUGAUCCACAAACUCAUGGAACUGUUCCUGAUAAUAGUUCAAAUUCUUCAAAGCCAUCUGAACCCUCUUGA